UUGCCUUGGACUAGUAGUUGUAGCUAAACAAUCCGAACAUGAUUGUCCAUUUCUUUUCUACUAGUACAUGUGGUUCUUCCACAUCAUUGCCUAUGAUUUGUAGCACAGUCAGUAUCAACGGAAUCCACUUGCUGCAGCCUGUGUAGACUGAACCCCAAUACUGCUCCUCUGACUGGAAUCUCUUUCUAACAAACGCUACGACUGACACUCGUGCAAGGCACAAAGAAAGGAGACGUACAUGAGCUAUUAUAUGAGGGGUCUACGUCGCUAGCGCUACAGCUGCUAAGAGUGGCGGUGAUUGCUACAAGUAGUGCUGACUCAAGCAGUCCUGGUGUUACGCUGCUGCAGAUGUGCAGUGCUUCCACCAUCUUCAUUCUUGGCUACUAGCAGUACUGGUGCAUGGUGCCUUUUGGUGGGUAAUCACAGCAGGUAGCAGGUCAACUCGAGGGUGUUAGAAGUGUACACUGAUAUCGUGCAGUGUGGUUUUACAACAGUUAGUUAGGACUCAGCCGCUAUGGCACACAGUGGCCAGAGUGAGAUCAUGGACGAGCAGUUAGACAGGCAAGCCAAAGCGGCUGUUGACAAGGCCCGUCACAGUUUCAACAUGGGCAAAGUCAAGACGUACGAGCAGAGGCUGUUCUACUUGCGGCAGCUGAGGAAGUUUGUCAUCGAGGAGACGGAGGCCAUUACGCAGGCUGCAAUGGCUGACGUCAAUCGAUGUCGGAAUGAGAAUAGUCUAACGGUGACUGUGGCAAUGCUUACCGAGAUCAAUAACGCCAUACGGAAGCUAGCAGAUUGGAUGAAGCCAAGGCCCGAACAUCCCAACCUUGUGUGCAUUUUCGAUACUUUGGAAGUGCAGUCACAGCCACUGGGUGUGGUUGCCAUUUUCGGACCCUGGAACUAUCCAUUGACACUAAUUGUUCGACCCCUGGUGGGCGUCAUUUCUGCUGGUAACACCGCUGUUCUGAAGCCGUCAGAAGUAGCACCAGCCAUGGAACGAAUUGUUUCCGAGAAGCUCCCCCUUUACCUGGAUCCUGACUGUUUCCCUGUUGUGACUGGUGGUGCUCCUGUGGCUACUGCACUGCUAAAGCAACGUUUCGAUCAUAUUUGUUUCACGGGCUCUGCGGCCAUUGGACGCAUUGUGAUGCGAGCAGCGGCUGAGCACCUGACACCAUGCACACUGGAACUGGGUGGCAAGAACCCGCUGAUAGUGGACGACUCCGUCGAUCUGAAAAUGGUGGCCCAGCGCAUCAUGUACGCGAAGAGCUUGAAUGCUGGGCAGAUCUGUUUGAACAUCGACUAUAUCAUCUGCGCAAGAGCGCUACAGCGCCCACUCGUCCAGGAACUACGGAAAGCAAUCAGAUUGAUGCAUGGCGAAGACAUGAAGGAAAGUAAAAACUACUGUCGCAUUGUCAACGAAAGGAACUACGACCGUCUCUCCGGUAUGUUGGAAAGAACAAAGGGCACUGUCGCUAUUGAGGGUGGUAUGGACAAGGACAGCCUCUUCAUGGGUAUUACAGUCGUGACUGACGUUGCUGCAGACGACUCCUUGAUGCAAGAUGAGAUAUUUGGACCGAUACUGCCCAUCCUACCGGUGGAAACCAUGACCAAUGUUGUAUCCUACCUCAACAAACGAGAAAAGCCACUUGCCCUGUACAUCUUCUCCAAGCGAAAGUCAAACAUUGACCUGAUAACGCACAACACGUCGAGCGGCGCUGUGCUCGUCAAUGACGCCAUAAUCCACUACAUGUGCGUCAACACGCCGUUUGGUGGAGUCGGUCAGAGUGGCACUGGCUGCUACGUGGGAAAGGCCGGCUUCGACAACUUCAGCCAUCGCCGCGCUUUCAUGCAUCACCCAGCCGGCUUGGAGAUCCUUUAUGAAUGGUUUCGAUAUCACCCGCAGUCAAACAUUGGGCUGAAGCUGGUGAAUACGUUCGUUCAAAUCUACCCAGGCGAGUACCGCUGGCGAGCGCUGGCUGUGCUGCUGAUGGUAGCACUGCCCUUCUUAUGGGCUCGGCUCAGAAGGUGAACCGGCGGCUACCCUGGGACAGUAUUAUAAUGUGUGCAAGCUAGCAUCGGUGAUGUUUGCAGUGUGGACUCUGAACCGAAAACAGGUUAGCAUCACUGAUGGUGUCUGUGGUGUUGGCAAUAGACCGAAAACAGGUUGGCAGCAUCAGUGAUGCCUGUGAAACUGACACUGAGCCUAAAGGGUUAGCAUCCGUCGUGUCUGUGGUGCUGGCGCUCACCCCAAUGGAUCUACUUGAAACUAGGGUGUCCUGUCCGGGGGCGACGACCAUCUGGCUUGUGAGUUGCAACUCCUGGCGAGUGCAGUCAAUACCAAACUCUGCCGUACCCCCCCCCCCCCCCACACACACACACACACUGCAGCCAUGCAUCCGUUGCAUCCCACAUAUAAAGCAACCAUAUUGAUAUUCGUGUUAGUGUGAUUUAAAAACCGCUGUGAACACUGUAUGAUUAUUACUACUACUACGUUUUUUAUCAUUACUGGAUGGAGUGUGCCACAGCCAAUUGGAGCGUGGCUAGGGAGACGCAUGGAAGCCAGGCAGCAUUAGCCCUGUAGACUGCCAUUGGCGCUAGUAUAUUUUCUUUAAAGAAGUAACUAUUUUAAAAGCCACUUUACAUGUACUUGAGUCAUGACAGGUGCACUGUACAUUGGAAUUCGAGCAUGUACUGUUUGAUAGUGCAUGGUACAUGAGAACUCAGCUAGUUGACAGCUCGAGUGCGAUGAUCCGGAUGCAUUACAUGAUUUACAAUCAUACUUGUCAAAAUCAAUAUCCGAUCAUUAUUCUUUAUUUUCAUUACGUUUAAAAUAAGUAUCACUAUCUCGAGUGCUAGCUUGUGUAUACACAUAGAAUGUAAUCGGUACGCUUUGCAGCUUGCUAUGGUCAUGAUGUUGCACUUAACUGCACAUCUCUCUGUUGCAACACUAGUCACUAGUAUCAUA